GGGACGCCUCAGGCUCUUUUCCCUCCGGUCCCUCUGUUUCCUCUCCCCGUUCCCUUGUUUUCAUCACUCACUUGGGCGAUUGUCCAAAUCCACAGCUGUCAACGCCAGCGCGCAGCCCUAUCAAAGAUCGACCCUGCAUAUUGACAGCACUGUAACAGUACCAGCUGCGGCCCUGAUUGGACGAUCCAGCGAGGCACCUCCAACUGCCGGCGCAGAAAGCAUUGCGCUCUACAGUAACCAAUAGCUCGACGCUCCAGUACAUAAUAAGAUGGCCGGCCAGGAGCCCGUCCUGCCACUGACAACGGCCGACCUGACGGCAAGCCCGCCGCAUACCGCGACGGCGACCGCCAACGCCUCGUCGGCGACGUCCAUCUCGUCCAAGGCCGGCGGCAAUGGCAACAGCGACAGCACCAAGCUGCCACAGGACCAUCAGCAGCAACAACAACAACCCACCACCACCAGCAACGACGACGAUGACGAAAAUGUAGCGCCAAAGACAUCCUCAUCACCCACGCCGCCCACGUUCCUCUCCACCCUGUCCCACGAGAUCGACAAAGCGUACGCAGACAUCCCCGUCUGCAUCUGCAGCUUCGUCUCGGGCCUCUGCGACUCGGUCGUCUUCUCCGCCGCCGCCGUCUUCGUCUCCAUGCAGACCGGCAACACCGUCUUCCUCGCCCUCGGCGCCGCCUACCUCCCCACCCACGUCCCCUUCAUGUGGCUCCGCGCCCUGUCCUCCAUCGGCGCCUUCCUCCUGGGGGCCUUCACCUUUGGCCAGCUGCGCCGCUUCAAGCCCACCUGCAAGCUCACCCUGUCCCUCAACUUCCUCGCCCAGUCCCUCAUGAUCUUCGCCGCCGCCGCCCUCGCCCAGUCCGGCGCCGUCCCGGAGCUCGCGGACCUCCACCUCGCCGAGGAGAUGGCCGUCAACGGCGAGAUCGACCUCCUGGUCCUCGUCCCCAUCGUGCUCCUCGCGUUCCAGUUCGGCGGCCAGAUCGUGAGCUCCCGCCAGCUCGGCUUCAACGAGGUGCCCACCAACGUCCUCACCAGCGUGUACUGCGACCUCAUGAGCGACCCAUUGCUGUUCAGCGGGCUCCACGAGAACCCAAAGCGCAACCGCCGCGCCAGCGCCGUCGUGCUCAUGUUUGUCGGCGCCGUCAUGGGCGGAUGGCUGGGCAGGGCGGCGGGCACCACGGGCAUGGCGGCCGCGCUGUGGAUCGGCGGCGGCGUCAAGUUUGUCAUUGCGGUUUCUUGGCUCUGCUGGGCGACUAAGGCGCCCGUCAAGAAGAACAUCGAGGAGACUGCCGUGGUGAGCGAGAAGAAGUAAUUGAGGAGGUUGUUGUUGUUGUUGGGGGGGGGGGGUCGGAAAUCAUGAUGAUCGUUAUUGUUUACGAACUCCUGAAGGAGGGGACUGGUUCCCCUCAAACAGAGUCGCCGUCGACUAAACGCAUCCCCUUUCCACUGGCGAUACCGGAUCAGUCAUGUCAAGUCGUCAGAUUUGGUCAAUCACAUACUGGCGAUUCGCGGUUCACAAUCAGCGAUGGAAAGAGGCCCAGUGCGACCUGGCGUAUAAUACUAGAACAUAGAGAGACUAGAAACUAGAGACGAUGUGCUUUCGAAGUAGAGAUUAGAGGUACAGAGGUACAGAGGUACAGCUAGAUCUAGAGCGAGAAAAGACGGCGGAUGAUACCCUUGGUUAGACACAAUAUAAUUUCAAUACAUCACAACACAAUAUUCCCCAG